CUGUGGUCUGUGCUGUCUGGUCUGGUGUGAGGCUCUGGACUGAUGUCUCUGCCUGUCAGGAAUUUAAAGUGUCUCUCGCCGGUCAUGUGCCAGUGUAAGGUCAUCUGCAGCAACCGGACCCUGUCUCUCAUGUUCGGGUGCAAGAAGUACAGGUACCAGGAUGAGGAGACGCCCCCCUUGGAGCACAGUCCAGCACAUCUGGCUCCAGGGAAAAGUGCCGAGAUGCUUCAUAUGAGUGACAAGAACCUUGCUGCCAUGGAGGCCAUACAUGGCUACACUCCACACACACAUAUCUCUCCUGUCAAGCCUGUGUUGAUGUCUUCAGGACACACUCCAAUGUACACCUCCGCUGUUUCCACACUGGGAAAUACUCCUCCAGUGGUGGUGAACACUGACACACUCGAUGGCUCCCCAUAUGUGAAUGGAACAGAAGGGGAAAUCGAAUAUGAGGAGAUCACACUGGAGAGAGGUAACUCAGGCCUGGGCUUCAGCAUAGCGGGAGGAACAGACAACCCUCAUGUGGGCGACGACCCCAGCAUCUUCAUCACCAAAAUCAUACCUGGAGGAGCCGCAGCUAUGGACGGGCGGCUGAGUGUGAACGACUGCAUCCUAUUUGUGAAUGAUGUUGACGUGAGGGAGGUGACACACAGCCAAGCUGUGGAGGCCCUUAAGGAGGCAGGUGCUAUCGUCCGCCUCUAUGUUCUCCGCAGGAAACCAGCAGCAGAGAAAGUCACUGAAAUCAAACUCAUCAAAGGGCCUAAAGGAUUAGGUUUCAGCAUUGCUGGAGGGGUGGGAAACCAGCAUAUACCAGGAGAUAACAGUAUCUAUGUUACCAAGAUCAUCGAAGGCGGAGCGGCUCAUAAAGAUGGCCGUCUGCAGAUCGGGGACAAAAUCUUAAUGGUAAACACCGUGUGUCUUGAGGACGUGAUGCAUGAGGAUGCAGUGGGGGCUCUGAAGAACACAGCCGAGGUGGUGUACCUCAGGGUGGCCAAGCCCAACAACCUGUUCUUGACCAACUCCUACAACCCUCCGGACCUCACCAGCACAUAUUCCCAUAUGGACACUGAACUCAGCCACCCCAAUUAUCUCGGGUCAGAUUACCCACAAGCCCUCACUCCCACCUCUCCUAGUCGGUUUUCUCCUGUUCUGCAUGGGAUGAUGGGAGAUGAUGACAUCCCCAGCAGUCUACUUUCCUCCCUCCUCCAACUCUCGACCAGGGAGCCUCGCAGAGUUUUGAUCCACCGAGGCUCCACCGGUUUGGGAUUCAACAUUGUCGGAGGAGAGGACGGCGAGGGGAUCUUUAUCUCCUUCAUCCUGGCAGGGGGGCCAGCUGACCUCAGCGGAGAGCUGCACAAGGGCGAUCAGAUCCUCAGUGUGAACGGUGUGGACCUGCGUAUGGCCACACAUGAACAGGCAGCUGCAGCAUUGAAGAACGCCGGCCAGACCGUGACCAUCAUCGCCCAGUACAGACCUGAUGAGUACAGCCGUUUUGAGGCUAAGAUCCAUGACCUGAGGGAACAGCUGAUGAACAGCAGUAUGGGCUCUGGAACCACGACGCUAAGGAGCAACCCAAAGAGAGGCUUCUACAUCAGGGCUCUUUUUGACUAUGACAAGACUGCGGACUGUGGCUUCCUCAGUCAGGCACUGGGCUUCAGGUUUGGGGAUGUGCUGCAUGUGUUGGACUGUGGGGAUGAGGAGUGGUGGCAGGCCCGUAAGGUCAGCCCCCAGAAUGAGGCCGAGGAGGUCGGCUUCAUCCCGAGCAAGCACAGGUCAGACAUUUCCCUGGUGGAGAGAAAAGAGUGGUCUCGUGUCAACACCAAAGAGAGGGACCAUGGUCGAGACAGCUUGGGCACUCAAGGGAGAGAUAAAACCUCACACAGUUAUGAGACAGUCACCCAAGUGGAAGUUCAUUAUGCGAGGCCCAUCAUCAUUCUGGGUCCUGUGAAAGACAGGAUAAAUGAUGACCUGUUGUCUGAGUUCCCUGAUAAGUUUGGAUCUUGUGUCCCACACACCACACGGCCCAAGAGGGAGUAUGAGGUGGAUGGGCGGGACUAUCACUUUGUGUCCUCACGGGAGCAGAUGGAGAAGGACAUCCAGAGCCAUCGGUUCAUCGAGGCGGGCCAGUACAACAGUCACCUGUAUGGCACUAGUGUCCAGAGUGUCCGCGAGGUGGCUGAGCAGCAAGGGAAGCACUGCAUCCUGGAUGUGUCGGCCAAUGCUGUGCGCAGACUACAAGCAGCUCAGCUUCAUCCCAUCGCCAUCUUUGUCCGGCCCAAGUCACUGGAGAACGUCCUAGAGAUUAACACUCGCCUGACAGAGGAGCAGGCCAGGAAAGGAAUGGACCGAGCCCUCAAACUAGAACAAGACUUCCUAGAGUGUUUCUCAGCUGUCGUGGAAGGGGACAGCUUUGAAGAGGUCUAUCACAAAGUAAAGACAGUGAUCGAGGAGCAAUCAGGGCCUUACAUCUGGAUUCCCACUCGGGAGAGGCUGUGAUGCUGCACCCGUCCAAACCGCCCCGCCCUUUCUCACAACCACCAACCGACACAUCCCCUUCACCCUCACGGCCAAGCCAGCCUCGCCUGCCUGCCUGUCCUCCAGCAAAGUCAGUGCUUAGGCAAUCACUGAGAAUGACACAGAGAGACAAAUGCAUACUAAGACAAACACAGAGACAAACACAGGAAGUGACACAGCGAGGCAAAGAACGAUACCAAAAAAGAGACUCUGAGAAAGAUGUGAACGCAGCGAUGUGUAAUUAGACUAAAAGAGACUGAGAGAAAAGACUUAAUCAGUAUUCCACUUUAAUAAAAGGCAGGAUUGAGAUUUGAGGCCCCGUUCACACUCUGCAUUAAAAUGCAUCUUGGCCACAAGUGGACAGCUCUUAAUACAGCUGUGAGUGCACCCAAAACUGGGGACGCAAAUGUCCUGAACACAGUUGAUUUAGCACUGCCAAACAACUUAGUGUGUAAUGUGUGUUUUCUCUGUUUAGAUGCAGUUUCCCCAACAGAUAAAUGUGAAGCGAAAUCCAAUCACAACCUGAUUUCAGAUGCAUUCUGAUGCCAGGUGUGAACCGCAGUCCAUCUGGAUCUCAACACAGUCUGGAUGUAUCUGGACAUUAGGUCUGAAAGAGAGUAGAGGGUGACCCAGCAGGGACGGACCCCGAGGUAGUAAGUCUCACGCCCCCCAUCGAGCAUCUCCACACGCCUAUGUCUGAGAUGGAGGUGCGCGAAAAGACUCUUUUUAUAUCACCUCCUGGCUUUCUCUCCUCCUCCUCCUGUCAGCUCUGCCUUGUGUCAGGACAGGAAAAGGGGGACGACUGAGAACGGGGGCGCCCCAGAUCCUGCUGAGUCCCUCUUGACGAAGAGUCUUCACUCUGCAAAAGAGUCCCCUUUUUUCUUGUGAAUCUCCUCUUGGUUCUGAGCGUGAACUCAGAAUAACACCUCAGUGACCAAGACUGACAUUUGCUCAAUCACUCAUGUUGAAUAUUGCGAGGCAUUAUUUAAAGGCAGUUCAAAUAAUUAUAAUGAUAAAAACUCAUAUGCUGAAUUUGUGCAUGCAUCCUCAAAGACAAUGGAGAGAGGAGACAAAAACAACAGAAAAAUCUGACUAAAAAAAACAAGAAAAAAAUAAUAAAAAGAAAGUAAGAAAGUAGGGUGUGUUCUCCUUCUCCACCUCCUUAUUGUGGGGGAGUUUUUUAGCAUGUCUCAUGAAGGAAGACGAGAAGAGAGACACGGUCAUGAGAUAUGGUCAUGAGAGGCCGAACCUGAGCGCAGUAGAUGCUCUGACAUUAUGUUUAGCCUCUGCUCUCUUACGCACACACAUUCACGCACACAAACACGCACACACUCUCACACCCAUCCACACACACACACACACACAUACACACACACGUAGAGUUGUAACCUCAGCUGUAACCUAGCACACUCCUCUACAGGGCGACUGGCUGUUCUGACCUGCUAGUCAGAAUCCAGGAUGAAUGUUAUCUCUCUAGGCACAAACAGCAGCUUCAUCGCACCACAGCCGACUCACUGACCACUCUUCCAAAAAAGAACCCCUCAGCCGCAGACGUACACACUGUUUCCAGUGGCCGCAGUAAAAAGCCAUGGCGUGUGUGUGUGUCUGUGUGUGUUCAUGUGUGUGCGUGUGGGUCUCUGUGUGUGGAAACUCCCCUGUGUGGGAGGAAUAGGUCUUCUUUUAUUCUCUCUCUUCCACUUUUUCUCUGCUUCUUCUUUCUCCCUCUUGUGUCCACACAAAUUAAAGCUAAGUCAUGUUUAACAAAUAAAUGGCCUAUAUAUAUAUAAAUAUAAAUAUGAAUAUAAAUAUAUAUAUAUAUAUCUUUUUUAUGACAAUUUCUAACGGGACUAAGUCUGUAAAGAUCAACAUCUCCAAACAAUAUUCCAUUGGUUCCUUUGGGUAAUAUUGCAGUUUGGUUGUUGAAUUUACUCACAUUUCCCAUUUUAUUGUUGUAAAACGCAGCAAAAAGCUACACAGAAAUAACUGAAGCGUUCAAUGUAAAGCAGACCUCACACUAGAGCUUUGAAAUGACAUAUUUGACAUGUUCUUGUGUAAAAAAAACAACUAAUUUAAACACGUGUACAAUGCAGCUGUGUGUGUAUGUGUGACUGCGUGCAUUCGUGUGUUUGCUGCUUGUGUGUGCGUGUGUGUGUGUGUGUGGGAGAGUUGUGUAUAAAAAUAUAAAUUAUACUAUAUGAGAAUAUCUAUCCUUUAUAACAUCCAAUGAUGGUUAUAAUGUAUAAUACAUUAAUGGGUGGUGUGCGUAUGUGUGUGUGCCAGAGCGAGAGAGUGAGACACGCACAAGAAGAUGUAGUGCAAUACUGCUAUGAUGUUAUGCAAUGAAGAUGGUUUUACGUGUGUCUAUGAUUAAAACAGUAUUUAUAAGGUUUGCACUGACGGCAUUAUAUGCUACAGCGAGAAAAACGGCGGUGGAGUCCCAGGUUUUAUGAGCAUGUGUUUGUAUUUACUUAUAAUUUGAAUUAUAAGAGUGAAGGUGGAAGUAUUGAUGGAAGUGACCAUUCAUAUUUAUUGUUUGUUUAUUUUUGCUCACUUGCUUCUCUCGACUCAAAAGGUGGAAAAGCUGAAGCUUGUGAAUGAUUUUUUUUGUUUAUUAUUUAUUUAGAACUGUCACAGGUUCCAUCUCAAGUCUGUAUAUUUUUGUAAUUUCUUUUUUUUUUUCCACAUUGAGAGCGUUUGGGUCUCGGCCAGAAAUGCUGUAAAUAUAUAAAAUCGAGUUUUUGGGAGUGCUGUGCGGCUUUACACUGAGCCGUGCACACUGCAGACAUGAUGUGAGUACAGGAUCCAUCAGAGCCACAGCCCAGUUCAAACUGCUCCAACACAGAAACAACAUCUGCACACUCCGGGUGGGCAACAAACACACACACACACACACACACAAAUAUAUCAGCACAUUCAUUUACAUUUAUACAUCGAGAGAAACAACACAUGACAACACAUCCAUGAAUGGAAUAAUAUGUUUUCAAUUUCUUUAUUUGAGGGUUCAAUGUAUUUCUUAAUAUCUCUCUCAGCCAUCCGUAUCAUAGUGUGAUAUUCCUUAUAAAAAUAUAUGAAUUUUUACAGAAAAGACUGAUUACAAAGUUACAACAAAGUCAACUGAUGCAGAAAAAUAUAUUUAACAAUGACAAUAUCAAGCAAAAUAAAAUGUUCCAGUUCAGUGAAGCGCUUGUUGUAAAUUAGCUAUAAAAUAAUAAAAUGAAUUUAAAAAUGCUUUCUGAAAAGUGGA